CUAUGAAGCAAAAUCGAUCAAAAGAGACAAUUAUGUUUUGUGUAUUGGGAAGAUAGAGAAAGUUGAGCGAUGGGAGCAGAAGAAGGAGAAACGCGUCAAGCCAGCGACAAACCUACGCAAGUCGCAAUUUCGAAAGAUCAAUUCAUAGCGUGGAAGCGCCAAAAGGACGCUGAAUUGUCGGCUAAACAAGCUGAAGCAGCGAGGAAGCGUGAAGAGGACAUAGCCUCAGGCCGUAUCCAAAUGAAUGGCCGAGAGCUUUUCUUGCACGAGCCAUGGGUUUUUGACGACACUCACCACUGAUUCUUUCUACUCAAAACUUCUUCUUCAUAGGUGUUUAAGACAAAAUCAAAGACACUUAAUGGGUGAUCUCUAAUCUGUGAUCCAACUCUGUUUCUCUUUUGUUGUGUACUUAUGUUUCCAUUUAUUUGUUAAUCAGGAAAUUAAAUGGAUGAUGACUGUAUAUUGGAUUUUAAUCAUAUUUUCAUAUAUGGUUCCUAACAA